AUGUCGCACAUCUUGCAACCCACAACACUCGGCGAUACGAUUCCUUUACGCAAUCGUAUCUGCAUGGGAUCUAUGACGCGCAAUCGCUGCAUCGAUGGAAACAAGCCCACUCAGUCAUCGGUGAAGCAUUAUGCCGAGCGAGCUCAUGAUGGCGUCGGGCUUAUCAUUGCCGAGGGCACAUUUAUCUCGCCUCACGGUGCAGAAUGGCCCUUGGAAGUGGUGACUGAUGAGGUGCAUCGCGAAGGGGGCAAGAUUUUCUUCCAGCCCUGGCAUCCUGGUCGAAUUCAAAAUGAAAACAUGCCGAUGCUCAAGGAGACCGGGUAUCCGGUUCUAGCUCCAUCUAAGAUCAGAGCAAAGGGUGGCAAAUUCCGAACACUAGAAGGGGUCCCAGGCCAUACUGAGAACAUUACCGAAAUCGAGGAUCCCAAGAUCAUUGUUGAGCAAUUCCAGCAGUCGGUCUCUUUGGCAAAAGAGGCUGGAUUUGAUGGGGUUGAGCUCUUGUCGCAAGGUGGCUAUCUCUUGCACAAUUUCUUGUGUUCCCACUCCAAUGCUCGGACCGACGCGUAUGGAGGCUCACCGGAAAAUCGGUGCAGAUUCCCCCUCGAAGUCCUUGAUGCGAUCCUCUCUGUUUGGAGCCCGCGGUUUGUAGGCAUCAAGAUCUGCCCAUCUGAUGACUACAAUGACUCUGUGGUCUCUUACGAAGAAUUUACCGAGACAUAUACGUACUACAUCAAAGAGCUGAUGAAGCGUGACUUGGCGUUCAUCAAUCUUUCGCGGCGCGGGUGUGAUGUAGGAAGAAACCAGGACGACUAUUUCAAGUCUAAUCCAAGGCCCGAAGGCAAGGAACUUCCGCCAAACUACGAACCUAUGAAGCAAUUCGCUUCUUUGAUCAAAUGCCCGGGCAGUAAGACUAUGCUCAUGGUGAACCACGAGUACACCGUCGCCGAAGCCGACGGGCUGGUCAAAACUGACCAGAUUGAUCUAAUUACAUUUGCUCGACCAUUUAUCUACAAUCCGGACUUGGUGACUCGUGUGAAGGCUGGUAUUCCAUUCGCGUCCAACGAUCGUGGUGGCAAAGUCAAUUAUGGACCCUACCAAUACCCGGAUGAAUACUACAAUGACUGGCCUAGUGCUGUGUAUUAG